GAGCACAAUAUGAUUCAGCUAGACACUCUUCACAGACUGCUGAAAACUGCUGAAUUGUGAAGGUCUUCGGUGAGGUUAAUACAUUAAUAAAUUCCAGGAUGGCCGUCCGUGUGAUUGUGUUUCUGACACUUAUUGGGCUGUGCGUCGCUGACUCCAAAGGGAAUCUUGCUCUUGGAGGAACAGCUGUCCAGUCUUCCACAUUCGAUGGAUUAACAGCUGCUCAAAAUGCUGUCGAUGGCAACAGGAAUCCAAAUUACAUUAGUAGAUCAUGCAGUCAUACUAAAGCGGACAGGGACCCCUGGUGGAGAGUUGACUUAUUGAAAGUCCACAAGAUAACCAGGGUUAGCAUCACUAAUCGUGGAGAUUGUUGUCCACAGAGACUAAAUGGUGCUCAGAUCCGUAUCGGUAACAGCCUGGAAAAUAAUGGCAACAAUAAUCAGCUGGCUGCGAGUGUUGAGUCCAUCCCACCUGGAGACACACAAACAUUUGAGUUUAACACUAUUAAGGGGCGAUUUGUCAACAUUUUUAUACCUGGGCGCAGUGAAUAUCUCACUCUGUGUGAAGUUGAGGUGUUUGCAGAAAACUACACACCUUUACCAGCGUACACUUGUGUUCUACAUCAAGGGAAUCUUGCUCUUGGAGCCAGAGCUGUUCAGUCUUCCACAUACCAGAAUGCAGUUGCUAAGAAUGCUGUGGAUGGCAACAUGAAUUCCAUUUUCAAUCGUGGGUCAUGCAGUGCAACUAAUGGGGACAUGGACCCCUGGUGGAGAGUUGACUUAUUGAAAGUCCACAAGAUAACCAGGGUUAGCAUCACUAAUCGUGGAGAUUGUUGUCCACAGAGACUAAAUGGUGCUCAGAUCCGUAUCGGCAACAGCCUGGAAAAUAAUGGCAACAAUAAUCAGCUGGCUGCGAGUGUUGAGUCCAUCCCACCUGGGGACACACAAACAUUUGAGUUUAACCCUAUUAAGGGGCGAUUUGUCAACAUUUUUAUACCUGGGCGCAAUGAAUAUCUCACUCUGUGUGAAGUUGAGGUGUUUGCAGGUUAAGUGGAAUGAGAUGAUGUUACACCACAGUCCACUGAUCCUAUAAGCAGAAUGCCAAGAAAUACUUUUUUCAAUGUUACCUGUGCACCUUUUAAUCUUAAGAUAAAAGAUAAGUUGCACAUUCAGUUAAGGAAUGAAAUGUUUUUUUAAAAUGCACCUGAUUCUUAACCCCAGUUUGAUCCAGGGGGUUGUGUACUUAUCAUCUUUGUUUAAUUUUUGCUUUCUUCACAAAUAAAUUACUACAGCAUGUUGUA